AUGCCUCCCGCAGCAGCCAUGGCGCUGCCGUCCCAGGUCCCGUCUAACUCAGGUACGCACGCGCUCGCCAGAUCCGGCCAGCUCCGGCUGCCCGCUGUCUUCUCUCUCUCUCUGUUCGUGUUCGCCGUCUCCUCCCCGCGGGAGCUCCUGCUGAUGGUGCCUGGCUCUGUUCCGGCAGGGGAUCCGCUGUACCCGGAGCUCUGGCGCGCCUGCGCCGGCCCGCUCGUCACCGUCCCCCGCGUCGGCGACCUCGUCUUCUACUUCCCCCAGGGACACAUCGAGCAGAUGGAGGCGUCCAUGAACCAGGUCGCGGGGAACCAGAUGCGCCUCUACGAUCUGCCCUCCAAGCUGCUCUGCCGCGUGCUCAACGUCGAGCUCAAGGCGGAGACGGACACCGACGAGGUCUACGCGCAGAUCAUGCUCAUGCCAGAGCCCGAGCAAACCGAUGUGGCGGCUGAGAAAGCCAGUUCUGCGUCCGCUGCGUCGCCGAGGCCAGCAGUCAGGUCCUUCUGCAAGACGCUCACCGCCUCCGACACCAGCACACACGGCGGUUUCUCUGUGCUGCGCCGCCACGCAGACGAGUGCCUCCCUCCACUGGAUAUGACGCAAUCGCCUCCCACACAGGAGCUGGUGGCGAAGGAUCUACAUGGCAUGGAGUGGCGCUUCCGCCACAUCUUUCGCGGGCAACCUAGGAGGCAUCUCCUUCAGAGUGGUUGGAGUGUUUUUGUUAGUUCCAAAAGGCUUGUUGCUGGAGACGCCUUCAUUUUCCUCAGAGGAGAAAAUGGUGAACUUCGAGUUGGUGUUAGGCGGGCUAUGAGGCAGUUGUCUAAUGUACCUUCUUCAGUCAUAUCUAGCCAAAGCAUGCACCUCGGAGUCCUUGCGACUGCAUGGCAUGCCAUCAACACCAAAUCUAUGUUCACUGUCUACUACAAGCCCAGGACGAGCCCUUCAGAGUUCAUCAUACCAUAUGAUCAAUAUAUGGAGUCAGUAAAAAACAAUUAUUCUAUUGGGAUGAGAUUCAGGAUGAGGUUUGAAGGGGAAGAGGCACCAGAGCAGAGGUUUACUGGUACAAUCGUUGGCUGUGAAAAUCUUGACCCACUAUGGCCUGAUUCGAGUUGGAGAUACUUGAAGGUGCGCUGGGAUGAGCCUUCUACAAUCCCACGACCGGAUAGGGUCUCUCCUUGGAAGAUAGAGCCUGCUUCAUCACCUCCAGUUAAUCCACUCCCACUUUCUUCUAGAGUAAAAAGACCUAGACAAAAUGCUCCUCCACCUUCACCUGAAGCAUCUGUUCUCACAAAAGAAAGUGCAGCCAAGAUCGAUAUCGACUCUGCUCAAACACAUCAUCAAAAUUCGGUCUUGCAAGGUCAAGAGCAGAUGACCUUGAGGAACAACCUGACUGAAAGCAACGACUCUGAUUCCACUGUUCAGAAGCAGAUGAUGUGGUCCCCAUCACCCAAUGGGAAAGCCCACACUAAUUUUCAGCAGAGACCUGCUAUGGAGAAUUGGAUGCCAUUGGGAAGGCAUGAAACUGACUUAAAGGACACACGUUCUGCCUUCAAGGAUGCCCGCACUGCCUCUCAAUCAUUUGGAGAUACGCAGGGGUUCUUUAUGCAAGCUUAUGAUGACAAUCAUCACCGUAUUUCUUUCAACAACCAGUUUCAAGAUCAAGGUUCAGCUCAUCGCUUUGUGGAUCCAUACUUCUAUAUGGCUCAACAACCUUCUCUUACCGUUGAAUCAAGCACAAGGACACAAACAGCUAACAAUGACUUGCGUUUCUGGAGCGACCAGAAUACGAUCUAUGGUAAUCCAGGUGAUCAACAGCAGCAGGGUUUCAGCUUUGGACAAAACCCAUCAAGUUGGUUGAACCAGCCAUUUCCCCAGGUUGAACAGCCACGAGUGGUCAGGCCCCGUGCAACAGUUGCUCCAUUUGAUUUGGAAAAGACUAGAGAAGGCAGUGGGUUCAAGAUUUUUGGGUUCCAAGUUGAUACAACCAGUCCAUCUCCUGUCCAGUUGAGCUCUCCAUUGUCUGCUAUCCGGGAACAUGUGGUACAAACUCGACCAUCGGCACCUGUGAAUGAAUUGCAACCUGUGCAAAAUGAAUGCUUGCCUGAGGGGUCUGUAAGCACAGCUGGAACUGCAACUGAGAACGAGAAAAGCAUUCAGCAAGCCCAGCAAAGUUCAAAAGAUAUUCAAAGCAAGUCCCAGGGUGCUUCGACAAGGAGCUGUACAAAGGUUCAUAAGCAAGGAGUUGCGCUUGGCAGAUCUGUGGACCUCUCUAAAUUCACUGACUAUGAUGAACUCAAAGCAGAACUAGACAAGAUGUUUGAAUUCGAUGGCGAACUAGUAUCUGCCAACAGAAACUGGCAGAUCGUUUAUACUGACAACGAGGGUGACAUGAUGCUUGUGGGAGAUGACCCGUGGGAAGAGUUCUGUAGCAUAGUGCGGAAGAUCUACAUCUAUACAAAGGAGGAGGUCCAGAAGAUGAACUCAAAAUCAUCUGCUCCAAGAAAGGAGGAACCUCUAGCAGCUGGUGAAGGUUGCGCCGCCACAAAUGAGUAG